AGGUUAGAGUGCGGUAACAACAACUUGAAAACACGCUCUCUCUUCCAUCAACCGAUCUGAUGACUGUUGUUUGUUGCCUUGUAGUCCGCACCGAACCAAGGCGCCAAAGUAGUUUCACCUGUGCUCUCUUCCAAAGAGAUUGUGGCGCGCGUUGUGGUUAUCGGAAUUGAAUUAUUGUUAUUUCUUGUUUUAGGAUUUUGUUUUCAAUACCAAUUGAACGAUCUGCUAUGAAGGUUCCUUACAGAUUUCCACUCGGAAUAGUUCUGUUGCUGGCGGGACUGCUGGCAACGAUUGAUGCCGGGCCGAUGUACUACAAAAAGAUUUCCGGCCAAAAGUACGAACCUGAUUGGGUAGCAGUGUCAUCAACCGUCAUACCGCUGACCGAAUAUCGCGUUAGCGUGGGUGCCACCGUCCCCGAUGGACCGGGUAAGUCGGCCUCGCCACCGGACGAAUAUAGGCAGGCCUACCACAGACACAAGAAACUGACGGCGAUCAGUAAGUUGAAGCUACAGGCGGGAAAACCGGGUGCGGAGGUGGCGGCACGCGUUCAGGAGAAUCCCGAUACGCUCAUCACCGCUAAUAAAAAGUUUUACGAGAAGAAAUCCAGUGGUAAUUGAAAAAAACGUGGGACGUGACGUGCGGAGAGUCUUCUGCUGCGGCAAAGUGUUCUUGAAACGAGCUGUCAAUGACAUUUUUAUACGGCAAACAAAGUGUGUUAAUCCAAAAGCCGCUAAAAUAAAUUAUUUGUUAUGACAAAAAGCAGGAACUCGAUCUGUGACUGGCGAAAUUGCAUUUAGUACUCUUUUCGAACAGAAACUCAAAUUUGUAAGAAAAUUCAAUAUAUUACAUUUCAACAUUUCAACUAAA